GUUUGCGCCAGGAUGGGGGCCUUAGGGCACAGAGGAAAACUUCACCCGCUCUGGCGGUCCUGUUUACAGGCCGGAAAUGCAAGGUCAGCCAUGUCAUCUGAGCCUCCCCCGCCGCCUCCGCCGCAGCCCCCCAUGCAUCAGACUUCUGUAGGGUUACUGGAUACUCCUCGCUCCCGGGAUCGCUCUCCAUCCCCGCUGCGGGGCAAUGUGGUCCCUAGCCCUCUGCCUACCCGCCGGACAAGGACCUUCUCAGCGACAGUGCGGGCUUCACAGGGCCCUGUCUACAAAGGAGUCUGUAAAUGCUUCUGCCGGUCCAAGGGCCACGGCUUCAUCACCCCAGCUGAUGGUGGUCCUGACAUCUUCCUGCACAUCUCUGAUGUAGAAGGGGAGUAUGUUCCGGUGGAAGGCGACGAGGUCACCUAUAAGAUGUGCUCUAUUCCGCCCAAGAAUGAGAAGCUGCAGGCUGUGGAGGUGGUCAUCACCCACCUGGCACCAGGAACCAAGCACGAGACCUGGUCCGGGCACGUCAUCAGCAACUAGGGACCUGCAAGGACCCCUUCUCCUGGGCUUGAGGGAGACUUUGGGGGAAGGAGGAGCAGGGCCACCCUGGAUAUAACAUUCUACCACACAAGAUGGGGGCCUCAAGGCGGGCAUGGCCCCUUUCAAGCAUUUCCUGGAGGGAAGGAGUUGUGGGCAGGCAAGGGGUGCUCUCGGCCACCAGCACAGCCUCCAGCCAUUGCAACAAGCUCUCACUGUCUGAAAAGCAUUAAAAGCAUUUGAAAAGGAGAGGCACCUGCGGAGGCUGAGUGGAGAGGGUGCAGUCUCAGCCUAAGGCACCCGGGUAGGCCAAACAUGCUAUUUUCCCAAAUGCCCCCUUCAGAUCAAGCCCAUCGGGGACUAUUCCUGGAACAAGAAACAGAAAUCCUCAGAUCUCUUUGGCCCGCUGAGGAAUGUCACCAGCCCUAUGAGACUUUCCAUGACCCAAUGCCCUAACUUGGGACCAGGUCAGUUCAGCUUUAGCCUGGCUGGUUGGGAGAACUGGCUUAUUAUAUAUGUGGGGAGCUUUCCAGGGGACUUUUCCUCUUGGUGCCUUUGCAGCAGGUGUGUCUCUACUUUCUGGGAAAGACUCUAACCAUUAGGAACUCUGCCCUAGCACAGUAGCCUGGGCACUGACGCCACUCCAGAGAAGGCUGGGCUUUCCCACUUGCUGCUAGGAAUAAGGCAGCCUCCAUGUGGCCUUAAGCCUAUCAUUAAAGUUCUGCUGAAGGUGGCUGUGGCGGUGGGGAAGAGACCUCUGCAGGAAGACUCUAGAGGGGAGGGUAGUGAAUCCAGGCUAGUGCUGCCUGCCUGUAAUCUCUGCACUUGGCAGGCUCAAACAGCAUUCUAGGCCAGCCUUGGCUACAAUCCAUGUCUCAAAACGAGGGCUGGGGAUAUGACUCAGUGGUAAUGAGUGCUGUAUUUAGCCCAGCGUGUGCAGGAGUCUCCGUCCCACUGGUAGCAUAAACCCUAGGAUGUUGCCACUGACCCACAGAAGCAGCUUGCUUUUUGAUGGCCUUGUGAGGUUAGGAGUUGAAGGAGAAAUAAUAGUUCUGAUUGGAAAUCAAAGGUAUAUUCUUUAAGACAGGCCUAAUAAAUUAAAUGCCUAAGGAUCUUUUUUCCCCUCUUCCCCAGUGCUUGGGGAGCCCAGAGCCUGGGAAAUGCCAACAGCACAGAGCUACAGUGAAGCAUGUCUGCUUUGUUUCUUUUGUGUGUGUGUGUGGGGGGUGGUGGUGGUUGGGUGUGUGUGUGUGUGUGUGUGACAGGCUCCUGCUGCAUAGCCCAGGCUAGCCCUAAACUCUUAGUACCUUUCAUGCCUUGGCUUCCUACUUGCUGGGGUCACAGGUGUGCCUUCAUUUCCUGCUUCUUUUAUUAGUAGCUCAGACUCCCACAGAGCCCUGUUUGCCUGCAACACUGGAGGUCUAUGUUUCAAAUGAACUGAUCUCUAGACUUUUUGGUGGUUGGCUUUAGUGUGAUUCAAAAAUAGUAGUAGUUGAGCACUCACUUGUCAGAACAGAGAUGCCAGCUCCACAGUGGCGACUGGACUGUACCCAACCUAAAGGUGUGGCUUUCAGACAUAGGGGUCAGUGACACAACUCGGUUGUUAAAGUGUUUCAAGAAUGAGUUCGAUCCCCAGAAAAAGCUAGAUGUGGUGGUGCACACUUAGGUAGUACCAGACCCAGGGAGGCUGAGCCGGAGAACCUAUUCCUCUAGCACCUAAGAAAUGAAAGAAAACAAGUUGUCUCCUGGUUUCCACAUGCAUGAGAACACAAAAAAUAUGUGGUUACACUUGUUAGGGUCUGGUGCAGCUGGCUCCCCACCUCCACCCAGUGUGACCAUCUUUGUUGUUGACCUACUGAUGGGCUUUUUUUUUUUCCUACUUAGUCAAAGGUGGCCUUUCCCCCACACCAGGCUUGGCUUACUGCCCAGAGGCUCUCUUGGGGACCAAGGAACAGAAGGCCAAACCCACAUUUGCCAUGACCUAGGAAGGCUCCCUGAGACCGAACCUUCUGUCAUCCCAUUGUUCCUAAUGAUCAGCACUGCUCUGCUUUCACUGUGGUAUGGUUAGACUUUGUGUGGCACAUGGUUGACUCACUCGUGAGCCCUGCCCCCCACUGAGCUGGCAGCCCAGUUUUGCUGGCAGGAUGGCCUCUGGAUUCUUCUGCCCCACAGAACCCUUUGUAAAGGGCUUUUCUUGUAUGGUCAGAUCACUUCAGCCUGUAGACUUAUUCCGGAAAUGCAAGGUGUUGGAAAAGCCCCACUUUGUUCAGAGUGUCAAUUUAUAGAUGAGGAAGGACCCCAGCACCCAGUGCUGGAGACUGAACAGGAAAGAGAAUAAACUCCCAAAUCUAGAUGUUUGAGCCCAUAAGCCAACUCUUUCUCAAUAAAGUUUGUUUUGUGCAAGAUGA